GCGGACUUUCUCCGCAGGCCCAAGGGAGAUUGGCACCUUUGGGCGGAGAUGACACAGGGCUCACUCCAGGGAACGCAGAGAGGCACUGAGCUCGGGGGAAGCCCAGGGGUCUGCCAGCUCCCAGGGACAGCCAGAGCCUGGGGAGACACCAAGCCCAGAGAAGGAGGUUCACUUUCCCACCUUCUCUGUGACACCCCCACCCCCCAUCCUGUCCUGCUCUUCUCACCUUAUUCUGGGCAUGUAAAGAGCUGAUUCAGGCAGCAAGGGGACUGCCCAUCAACAAGACACAGAAGAGACAUGGCCUCAGCGGUGCCCAUAGGGAAAGCACUAGAAGAAGCCACAUGCUCCAUCUGCCUGGAGUAUCUGACGGAGCCAGUGACCAUAGAGUGUGGGCACAACUUCUGCCGAGCCUGCAUCACCCAGUACAGUGAGCGAAGGAAGUCUCAAUCAGGCACAAAGUUCCCCUGUCCUGAGUGCCGAGCGCUGUUCCAGAAAGGGAAUUUGAGGCCCAACAGGCAGCUGGCCAAUAUCAUAGAAAGCAUCAAACCACUGAGGUUACAGCCUGGGCAAGCGCAGAAUGAGAAUACGUGUGAGACGCACAAGGAAAAACUCCAACUCUUCUAUAAGGAGGAUGGAAAAGCCACCUGUGCGGUCCCCAUAGAAGAAGUUGCCCAGGGUUAUAAGGUAAAACUCCAGGAAAUCCUGGGUCCUCUGAGGCAGAAGCUGGAGGAGGCCCUGGCACUGGUGUCUGCAGAGGAAAAGAAAAUCAGGGAGUGGCAGGGCAGAGUGGAGAAUCGGAGACAGUCGAUCACACGUGAAUUUAAGACGCUGCACCAGCUGCUGAGUGAGGAAGAGCAGCUGUUGCUGCGGAGGCUGGCGGAGGAGGAGGGGGAGACUCUGCAGAGACUCCAGGACAAUCUCACACAGCUCUCGGAGCAGAGCGCUGCCCUGAUCAAUCGCAUCACAGAGCUAGAGGAGAAGUGUCAGCAACCGGCCGCCGAGCUGCUGCAGGGUGUGAAAAGCGCAUUGAUCAGGAGUGAGUGUGUGAAACUCCAGCCACCAGAAGCCGUUUCUCCUGCCCUGAAGAGCGGGUAUAAAAUCUGCCUUGACAUGAGGGAAAUGUUGAAGAGAUUCACUCUGGACGUGACUCUGGAUCCAGACACGGCUCAUCCCAACCUUGUUCUGUCUCAGGAUAGGAAACGUGUGAGACACAAAACCAAACGACAAAAUCUGCCCAAUAAUCCUGAGAGAUUUGAUCCCUGUGUCUUUGUCCUGGGCGCUGAGGGAUUCACGGGCGGGAGGCAUUACUGGGAGGUGGAGGUGGGAGACAAGACUAGGUGGACCCUGGGGGUUUGUAAGGAGUCUGUGAGCAGGAAGAGUCCAGAUCACCUGUCACCUAAAAACGGAUACUGGACUGUGUGUCUGAGGGAUGGGGAAUACGAGGCCCUCACCUUCCCCGCAACCCCCCUCCAUGUGGGUGUCAGACCCAGCCAGGUGGGGAUUUUCCUGGACUAUAAGGCAGGUGAGGUCUCCUUUUACAAUGUGUCUGACAGGUCCCAUCUCUUCGCUUUCACUGACACCUUCUCCGGGACAGUCCGCCCUUUCUUCAGUCCCUGUGCCAAUGCUGGGGGUAAAAACGCAGCUCCCCUGAUAAUCUGCUCAGUCCCAGCUCAGGCCAGAGGGAAUCUUGGUCCUUGAAGGUGACAGCUAAGCUGGCCACUCACACAUUGCCGGAAAACCAGACUUCCCGACCCUUCUGGAACAGCGUGACCCUGCCCCCAUGGGUGUGAUGGUGGAAAGGUCAUCGCCUUCCCCCACUUCCCACCCCCACCCCUCUCACUUUCCAGAACCCAUGAUGGGGGGGAGAGGAGAUAGGGGAGCAGGUGCAGGCUGCUGGGCUGUGUAGGGUCCAGGGUAGGGAGGAGUUUGUAGAAGCAGGAAGGGAAAAGCCCAGAUCAUAAGAGGAAGGCUGGGGGAAGGCAGGGCCACCCGGGGGGGGUAAGUGGGGCAAUUUUCCCCAGGCCCCCAGAGCCCCCCACGAGAGUUUUUUGGAGCCCCUGGAGCGGGGUCCUUCACUCGCUCCAGGAGCCCUGGAAAACUCUCGCAGGGCCUGGGCCCCUGGAGCUUCUUCCGCUCCAGGUCUUCGGCGGCAAUUUGGCAGCGGGGAGUCCUUCCACCCUGGGCCCCCCCCCCCGCUGAAGACCCCAGGCCUCCUGAAUCCUCUGGGUGGCCCUGGGCGGAGAUGGUUGUAAUGAGGGGGGAGGGGAGAGAGGCCCCAAGGAGGCAGAGCCUCUGGCAGAAAUGACAGGGAGGGGCAGAGGAGCCCAAUGAGUGCGAGGGGCCAGUGAGCGACAGGAAGGUCCUGGCCUUUCCUGCCCUGGGGAGUCUCUGCCCAUGGAGGGGAGUGAAAUGGCCCCAGGGGGCAGAGCAGGGGCAGGAGUGAGAGUACUGGGGCCCCGCUGUGGGGGCCGCUUUGCGCUGCAGACUCAGCUGUGUCGGGGGAGAUGGUCCCAGUGCUAUGGAGGGGGAUAGGGAGAGCUGGGGGAGGGAUUCGGUAGCUGGGCAGGGGAAGGGGAGUGAGAGCCCAGCCUCAGGACUGUGUGAGCGAGGGGCCCAGGUUGGGCAAAUUGAAGCCACUUACUGGAAAAAGCCAGGCAGCUUUUUCCCCCCUUCCAAUGUUUUGCUCUUCCCUUGUGCCGUGUGACACACAGCUCCUAGCACGGGGUGAUACUGGUGAGAAAGACUCAUAUGCAGCUCAUGGGUUUUUCUGCCCCAGCACGGUUUGCUCCCCCACUUUACCCCUCCCCUGGCCCAGGGGGUGCUGGUGGUGAUGGACGGGAAACAUUCACUCCUGUCAGAAUUUCUACCCACGUAACAUCUCAAUUUUAAAUACUGAGAGAAAGGAAAAAAGAGAUUUUUCUAAUUUAGAAAAUGCUGUGAUUGUAACAAGGUGUAAAUACAAGAAUAUUUUAAUUUACAUUUCAACAGUAUUUCAGAAACAUGCCUCUAAAGAUAGUCUUAGAAAUGGAAUUAACAUGUAUUGUUUGAAUGCUCGUUGUCAUGUACAUUCAAAUUUAAUUUCUCUAAAUAGCUGACUUUUGUUGUUGUUUUAACUGUUAUUUCAAGAAAUCCCAAAUGUUUAUCAUUACAAAAUAAUUGUAAAACUGUCAGACCAGUUUAUUCAAUUCUAUGUACAGCACAAUGUUCACGGGUUAUAAAUAUCACAACUACACACACGUUGAGGUCUUUCAGGACUUGCACUGCACCUUUCAAAAGUAAGAAGGAAAAUCGAUGCCACAGAACUAACAAUGCAAAAUAUUAUUUCAGUUCACUCCCUCAUGAGUAUAAAAUAAUAUUCCUUGAA